AUUUGUGUGUGAAGUUCUAGCUACAUGCAGCAAGGACAAGUGUACAACAUGUGAAGGAAGAUGUACAGUGGUUGUUCGAAGUUUUAUACACCUGAUUAUUCUCGAUUGGCGAUCCAUCGGGCACGUUUGGCUCCUCAUUUUGAACCCCUCCAACCAAACAAGGAAUGAUUGAAUGGCCGCGGUUAACCGUUUCUUCUUUUUAAUUUUCUAAGAUAAGAUGAACUUCCAAAAAAAAUUGUGAAAUCUGCCGUCCUGCUUACAGCGACAGACAUAUGGAAAUCGUCCCUCUUCUCUGUCGCCUACACUGCUUUGUAUCGGCCGAAACUUCGCCCCUUUCGAUCAUCCCCAUGCCCCCGUCUCCUUUGUCUGUCUCAAACAGUGGGAUGCUUCACAAAGGAAUAAAACAAAGUCAGGAUAACCAAAAGCUGUGUGAGCAGCAAAACACAGUCCGGCUUCCUAAAACCAUGAUCCUUUAUCCUUCACUAAUCAAAGCAGCAGAAGAAAAGAAUUAGUUUCAGUUACACAGAUUGCUGCACCUCAAUGGCUCGUCGUGUUAUAAUAGUUGAACAACAUGUAACAUCGGCAACACCCCCAAUGCUUGAUUUACAAAGUCCCAUAAAGCAUUCCUCAUCAGCCUUGUUCUUUCUCCUUGGAGGGAUGGUUGUGCUCAUUAUAUUGCUUGUGCUCUUUUUCAUCUACAACAAAUUUAUCAAAACAGGAAGGCUGAAAAUGUUUACUGCUGGCCCAAAAAAGGGCUUAUGCGGGACAACAAACGUGUUAAGUGGAAAUCUUCAUACAAUAAGCUAUUAUGACUUCGAGACCCUAAAAAAGGCUACCAAAAAUUUUCAUCACGCCAAUCUGCUUGGAAGAGGUGGCUUUGGACCAGUCUUUCUGGGGAAACUAGAAGAUGGAAAAUUGAUUGCAGUGAAGCAGCUAUCCCUGGAAAAAUCCCAACAAGGAGAAUCAGAAUUUCUUUCUGAGGUAAGGAUGAUAACCAGCAUACAGCACAAGAAUCUUGUCCGCCUUCUUGGGUGCUGCUCAGAUGGAGCUCAGCGGCUUCUUGUCUAUGAGUACAUGAAAAAUAGGAGUUUGGACAUCAUCAUAUAUGGAAAAAGUGAUGUAUUCUUGAACUGGAGCACUCGUUUCCAAAUAAUUAUUGGGGUUGCACGAGGUUUGCAAUACUUGCAUGAAGAUUCACAUUUCAGAAUUGUUCAUAGGGAUAUUAAAGCCAGCAAUAUUCUUCUUGAUGACAAGUUCCAACCAAGAAUUGGAGAUUUUGGCCUAGCCAGGUUUUUCCCCGAGGAUCAAGCUUAUCUUAGCACUACAUUUGCUGGAACCUUAGGUUAUACAGCACCUGAAUAUGCCAUAAGAGGAGAAUUAUCUGAAAAGGCGGAUAUUUAUAGUUUUGGAGUUCUGGUGCUUGAGAUUAUCAGCUGCAGGAAAAACACAGAUCUUGCUUUGCCUUCAGAAAAGCAAUAUCUACCAGAAUAUGCUUGGAAGUUGUAUGAGAAGUCAAAGCUGAUGGAUCUAGUAGAUCCCAAAUUGCGCGAGGAUGGAGUUGUGGAGAAGGAUGUUUUGCAAGUACUUCAUCUAGCUUUUUUGUGCCUUCAGCCUCAUGCAAAUCUGAGGCCACCAAUGUCAGAGGUCGUAGCAAUGUUAACAUGCAAAGUUGAAUUGGACGAAGCACCAAUAAGACCAGCCUUCUUGGACCGGAAGCGCAGGAAUAAUGAUCCAGCUUCAUGGGAUACUAUCUCAGAGGUCUUCCCCUCUCCACAACGGAGUAGUUCAAAUUCGUUUCCAAAACCUGGAAUCCCACCUGCUUCAUCUCCAAAACAGAUUAAUCCCACUACCCUUCCAAAAUCUGCAAGCAUAUCAUUGUCAAGCUGAUACUUGAGAAGGUCUACGACUCUACCCAAAGGCAAACUCUGUAUUCAUUUUACAAUGCCUUUGUAAAGAGAAUGUAAAAAAGUUUUGUAAUUUGUUUUAUUAUUAUCAUUAUUUAAAGGGAUAAUUUCAGAAACCUCCCCUGAGGUUUCUGACUAUUGCAA